CACACCCGGUGGCGGCAGCAGCACUAGCCAUCGAUUAAGGUCAUUCGGGUCCGCUCCACGACUGAGUGGAUAUUUACAAUUUUACACAACCAGUAGGAAUCACACACACACGCAUACUAACAACAAGCUUUCUUCAAUGGCCGCCGCUAUGUCGCCGGCCACUUCUCUCCGCUUCAAUCCCUGUUCAACUCUCCGUUUCAUCACCGGAUUGCCAAGAAAACUACCACAGCACAUUCUUUUCCCGCCAGUUUCCCGCCGCCACUCUUCUGGUUACUUCCGGCGAACUUUCUGCACUGCUGUCUCUUCCGGGGAAGCUGCGGAGAAGACGAAACCUGAAGUUUCAAAAGAUUGGAAGGUCACGCGGGGGGAGAAGGUUGGGGAAUUCAGGAAGAAGCUGAGGAUCUCUGAAAUAAAGGGCGGCCUCGAUGAAGGGCUGGAUAGACUCGGGCAGACGUUCGUCGUUAAGGGCUGGGUUCGGACUCUUCGAGUUCAGAGCAGCGUUACAUUCAUGGAGGUUAAUGAUGGAUCAUGCAUUUCAAAUAUGCAAUGUGUAAUAGAUUCCACGAUAGAAGGUUAUGAUCAGGUUGAAUCUGGCUUGAUCACAACUGGUGCAUCAGUGUGGGUGCAAGGGGUUGUAGUCGCCAGCCAAGGAUCAAAACAGAAAGUGGAACUGAAACUCCAAAAACUUGUUGUGGUUGGCAAGAGUGAUCCUUCGUAUCCCGUCCAAAAGAAAAGAGUUAGCAAAGAAUUUUUGAGAACAAAAGCUCAUCUUCGUCCAAGAACAAACACUUUUGGGGCGGUUGCAAGGGUGAGGAAUGCUUUGGCAUAUGCUACGCACAAGUUCUUCCAAGAAAAUGGAUUUGUUUGGGUCUCAAGUCCUAUUAUUACAGCAUCAGAUUGUGAAGGAGCUGGUGAACAGUUCUGCGUGACUACUUUGAUUCCAAGUUCUGAAGAAGCUGCCAGUUCUGAUGUGGGCUCCAUUCCGAAGACAAAGGAGGGAUUUAUUGAUUGGUCACAGGAUUUUUUUGGGAAACCAGCAUUCUUGACUGUCUCUGGGCAACUCAACGCUGAAACUUAUGCUACUGCUCUCUCUGAUGUUUAUACUUUUGGGCCGACAUUUAGAGCAGAAAAUUCCAAUACAUCCAGGCAUUUAGCUGAAUUUUGGAUGAUCGAACCGGAACUUGCAUUUGCUGAUUUGGAUGACGACAUGUCUUGUGCAACUGCAUAUCUCCAGUAUGUAGUGAGACAUAUUCUUGAAAAUUGCAAGGAAGACAUGGAUUUCUUCAAUACAUGGAUCGAGAAAGGAAUUAUUGAUCGACUGACUAACUUGGUUGAGAACGAUUUUGUGCAGUUGUCUUACACUGAUGCAAUUGAGCUUCUUCUUCGAGCAAAUAAGAAGUUUGAAUAUCCGGUCAAGUGGGGAAGUGAUUUACAAAGCGAACAUGAGCGUUAUAUAACUGAGGAGGCAUUUGGUGGAUGCCCUGUAAUUAUCAGAGACUAUCCAAGGGAUAUAAAAGCAUUCUACAUGCGGCAAAAUGAUGAUGGGAAGACUGUUGCGGCCAUGGAUAUGCUGGUUCCAAGGAUUGGGGAACUUAUAGGUGGAAGUCAAAGAGAAGAACGGCUUGAUUAUCUGGAAGCUCGUCUGGAUGACUUGAAACUCAAUAAAGACAGCUACUGGUGGUACCUUGACUUGCGUCGUUAUGGUUCAGUUCCCCACGCAGGCUUUGGUUUGGGCUUUGAAAGACUCGUGCAGUUUGUUACUGGAAUAGAUAAUAUAAGAGAUGCCAUCCCGUUUCCUCGUUCACCUGGCUCUGCUGAAUUUUAAUGCCAAAAUUGUUCAUCAUCUUAAUUUACUCAUUCUUUUAUUUAACAUCCUUUCCCCCUCUUUUUAAGGAACUUGUUCUUCCUUCUCAUCACCGUUGUAUUUCUGUUAUGUUGUCACUUCAAACUGAGCAAACAUUGCUACCAUAAGGGCUGAAGGCUAGAAAAUUAUGUUGUAUUCAUUUCUGUACAUUGUGAUAAAGCACUCUUCACUUAGAACUAAUGGGUUGAAAUGAAUGAUUUAUCUUUGCUAAA